GCCAACUUCAUGACAGGGGUGUGUUCCCAGGACAAAGGCUACAAAAAGCACAUUGGGAAAAAAUGGUCAAUAUGCCAUAUAUAUAUACACACAUUAUAGCACAGGAAAGUUCAUUUUCAUUACACUCUAGCAAACUCGGCAGAGGACAGAGAAUUCAUUAUUGAUGGAGAGAUAUGUUGAUCAUGCUCUACUUAACGAGGGAGAAGAAAAUGAGAUGGAAACAUAUGGCUACAAACAGCAGUCCUGCAGAAGAGCAGCCUGUGUUUUUGGAUAUGUAUUUUCUUGUGGAUUUCUCUGGCUUUUGUUUUAUUGGAAGCCAGAAUGGCAUGUAUGGGCCCACUGCAUUCCGUGCAGCCUGCAGGAAGCUGACGUUAUACUGCUGAAAACCACAGAUGAAUUUGAACAUUAUUUAAGGAAAAGCAUAGAUUGGAUUCAGUUGCAAGGCUUAAACAUAUCAAUAAACACAAACACUGCACAGCCAGUGAUUGCGGAUGGCAAGUCUAUCAUUACUAAAGCCAUCUAUAAAAAAGACCUAAAGGUUAAAAUGAUAAGAGUACAAAAAGUCACUCAUGUUUGGGAUCAAGAAGCACAACACUUUCAGAGAGCGGGGAUUCUUGAGGACAGCCUGACCUGCUAUGAUAUUCAUUCAAAAUUUGGAUCUGGAUUAACACGAGAAGAGCAGAACAUCAGAAGAACAAUUUGUGGACCAAAUGCUAUUGAAGUGGAUGUUGAACCAAUCUGGAAAUUACUGUUCAAAGAGAUUUUAAACCCCUUUUAUGCCUUUGAAGCUUGCAGUCUGGCUGUGUGGUUGGCAGUGGGGUUCAUCGAAUAUUCAGUUGCGGUUAUUAUAAUGACUCUGAUUUCCAUCAUUUUUACAGUUCAUGACCUAAGAAAGGAAUCUGUGAAGCUUCACAAUCUGGUGAAAUCCAACAACAGUGUCCAGGUGACCAUACGGCAGAAAAAUGGAGAAUAUAAAGAGAUUGAAUCACACUGCUUGGUGCCCGGUGAUGUAAUUGUUCUUACAGGAAAGAGGCAGUUCUUACCAUGUGAUGCCAUACUUCUCAAUGGAGGAUGUAUUGUGAAUGAGAGCAUGCUUACAGGUGAAAGUAUUCCUGUCUCUAAAACCCCUCUACCUAACAAUAACCAUACCAUGACAUGGAAGGCUCACAGUGGGGAGGAUUUCAAAAGACAUAUACUUUUCUGUGGAACAGAAGUCAUUCAGACAAAGCCAACGAGCCAUGGGCAAGUUAAGGCAGUUGUCCUAAAAACUGGAUUUAACACAGCUAAGGGGGAUUUGGUCAGAUCCAUCUUGUACCCGAAACCCAUGAAUUUUAAAUUGUAUAGGGAUGCCUUCAGAUUCUUAAUGAUUUUAGCUGGAGUCGCUGUCCUUGGAACAAUCUACACUGUGGCUGUUUUUGUCUUAUGGGGGGAGUCUCUAACUGAAGUAGUGGUAAAAGCUUUGAUCAUUAUCACCACCGCUGUCCCUCCAGCACUGUCAGCUGCCCUGUCUACCGGAAUUAUGUACGCUCAGCGCAGACUCAAAACCAAAGGAAUUUUCUGCAUCAGUCCUCAAAGGAUCAAUGUAUGUGGUCGGCUAAACAUUAUUUGUUUUGAUAAGACAGGUACCCUAACAGAAGAUGGAUUAGACCUUUGUGGAGUACUGCCUUCUCAAGGGAACUGUUUCCAGAAAUUUCAUAACUUUGCAUCAGAUGCCACUUUGCCUUGGAGUCCCCUUCUCGGAGCACUAAGCUGCUGCCACUCAUUAGUUUCAAUUGAUGGAAAACUUCAAGGAGACCCACUAGAUAUAAAAAUGUUUGAAGGCACACAAUGGGAAUUUGAGCAGUCAAGUUCUGAAAAUAAUGAAACUGCAUCAUCUAGCUUGGUUUUAAAGCCUAGUCAAGCAAGCAGUUCAGGUCCAGCAGAAGGAAUAGCCAUCAUCCACCAGUUUCCAUUUUCCUCUAGUUUACAGCGUAUGUCUGUCAUUACACAAGAUAUUGGACAAGAUAAACAUGUAGUAUAUAUGAAAGGAGCUCCUGAGAUGGUGAUUCAAUUCUGCAGGGAAGACAGUGUUCCAAAGGGCUUUUCUAGUGAACUUCAGUUUUACACCAUGAAAGGAUUUCGAGUUAUUGGACUGGCUUAUAAAGUGCUGAAAGAAGUAAAAAAAUGGAGCAAUAGCAGCUUCGUAAGGGAGGAUGUUGAAUCUGAUCUGGAAUUUCUUGGUUUGCUUAUAUUGGAAAACAAAUUAAAACCUGAAACCAAACCUGUUCUACAAGAACUGAGUGCUGCCAACAUCAGAACUGCCAUGAUCACUGGUGAUAAUUUACAAACAGCUAUAACAGUGGCAAAAACAUCUGGCUUAGUACCAGAGAACAGUAGUAUGAUCCUUGUAGAAGCUGAAGAACCGUCUGAACUGAGCUCUGCAAAAAUUUCCUGGCAUCCGGUUGAAAGCCAAGAACAACCUAUGAGUAAUACCAAAGUGUCAUUAAAUAUCAAUAUUGAAGGAAGAACAAUUUUAGAGGAAGCACAAGGCGACUAUUAUUUUGCCAUGAGUGGGAGCACAUAUCAAGUUGUCUUGCAGCAUUUUCAGAGUUUGCUACCAAAACUUCUUGUGAAUGGGGCUGUCUUUGCGAGAAUGUCACCUGGACAAAAAUCCAGUUUAAUAGAAGAAUUCCAAAAACUAGACUACUAUGUGUGCAUGUGUGGUGAUGGAGCCAAUGACUGUGGCGCUCUAAAAGUGGCCCAUGCUGGCAUAUCACUGUCUGAGCAAGAAGCUUCCGUUGCCUCUCCAUUUACUUCCCGUACUCCAAACAUAAAAUGUAUCCCAGAACUAAUCAAGGAAGGGAGAGCUGCUCUGGUCACAUCUUUCUGUGUUUUUAAAUACAUGACCCUUUAUGCCAUGAUCCAGUUUGUGUGCUUAUUGCUACUAUACUGGCAAGUUAACAUCUUGUCAAACUACCAACUUCUUGCCCAGGAUAUGGCUGUAACUAUCGUAGUCUGCUUAACAAUGAGUUUAAACCAUGCAUAUCCAAAACUAGCACCAUACAGGCCUCCAGCACAACUUAUGUCACCUCCUCUCUUGCUCUCAGUAGUCAUUCAUGUAAUUGUCACUACAGCCAUUCAAGUCUAUGGAUUUGUCGUUGUCCAGCAACAAACAUGGUAUUCUGAGCAUCCUAGCAGAGCUUGUAUCUUUGGAAAUACCAGUACUUCAAACAGCAGUACAUUCUUUAACAGCACUGGACCGCAAACUGCAAAUACUCAAACUGGGUUUGAUCUGAACAUGAUCCAUGAGAGCUACGAAACAGCCACACUGUGGCCACUGACCACAAUCCACUGCAUAAUUGUGGCGUUUGUCUUCUCCAAGGGCAAGCCGUUUCGACAAGCUAUAUACACAAAUUAUAUAUUUACUGCUGUACUGACAAUCCAGCUUGGAGUCUGCAUCUUUCUUUUAUUUGCUGACAUUGACAAUAUAUAUAAAGUAAUGGAGCUUGUAUGCACACCAACUUCUUGGAGAAUCACUAUUCUCAUCAUAUUGAUCAUUACGGUUAUUGUUUCAUACUUAGCUGAAGAAUUUAUAAUAGAGAACAGAAAACUUUGGCUGCUAAUGAAAAAAUUAUUUAAUUACAAGUCGAAGAGUCAGUACAGAAAAAUUAUCAGAGCAGUGGAAAUGGACCAGAACUGGCCUCCAAUCAACCAGACCUAUCGUACAAAGCCAGUUAUCAGACAUUCAGAUGACAAAGCACAAGUAUACAGUAAUCCAGCAUUUGAAAGCAAUGAAUUUAUUAAGUAGGAAAAGAGAUGAAGAGAAUAGCGGCAUUAUUAUGUCAAUAUAUUUAAUUUUUGUUCUCAAUAAUUCUUAUUCUGGGGGACCCAAAAUGAAUCAUUUAAAUAUACAAACUCUGCCAAUAUUGUAACAUAUUUCAGCACCCAACAUGCACCAUUCUGUGAUUCAAGUUUUCAAAAAGUAAAUGCACUCCAUUUGCAUACAAAUUGUAAGAUAUUAAAUUUCUUCUUUGAACUGGACAAAUAAGUUUACUGUAUACUGUAUAGCAAAGAUGUAUUUUUUUAUCAUUGUUUUAUACUGAUAUGUGAAAGAAAUAAAGAGAUGUUCCUUUUUUUAAACAUUAA